ACGAGAUGCGCAUGCCCAGGCUCCGUGGCGGACGUGCGUAGGCGCAGGCUCCAGUUUGCGCAUGCCCAGACUGUGAAGGGCCUCGUAACAGCAGUUGAGAGGGUGUGGGUUGGCGGCGGCGGCCAGAGCGAGAUGCUAGUGUUCGUGAUGGUGGCGGCGACUACCUUGCGGCUGUGCCCGCUGGCCAGAGCUCAGCCGCUGUGCCGCAUGCAGACGGUGAGGACAGGAAAGAUAUUUCACGAUGGACAGAAAAUUCAAGGGGACCUCCUGUAUUUUUCAUCUGCGACAACUCGCUUGAUUAAACAUCCUUGCAAGAAAAACAUAGCCCUGUAUCUAGGGAGACAGGCAGCCAUUCGAGUUUUCCAAGUAGUGGAGAGGCUGAUGCCGGUUAGCACACCGGAAGUAACGUCGGCACAUUUUGCUGGUUCAGUGUUGCUGUUAGUCGUGAACCAAGGAGUCUACAUUUAUGACUAUGAAGCCAAUUCCUGGAAUGCAUCAAAAGGUAUAGAACACCCUGUUUCCCACAUUUCUGGUGACAACUGUUGUUACAGUGGAAAUUCGUUUUGUGCGGAUGUAAGCAACUCGGUUUUUGCUUAUUUGCUUGGAGAUCAGAUAUCUCAGACCAAUAUCUAUUUCUCAAACACCCGAGGAUACGUAUUUCAGAAGUAUGCCCACGAAAGGCAGGCAGAGCUAGUCGGGUCCUUGGGUGGGAUCUUCUACUUUCACUCCCUGUCACAGGUGGGCCUGCUCCUUGUCAACCAGCAGAAGGCCAUGUUCAGCUACUCAGACUACCCCCUGAACCUCGAUUUCGGGCUGCCCUUUGACUACAACGGGACUCUUGACAUCCUCAUCGCCCCGGGCCAGAAGGGCAUCCUCAUCUUCUGGUGUGAGAAAAGCCUGCUGGUUUCUCAGAAUGCAGGUCAGCUGGUCAACCCUGUCCAGGUGCGAGAAGGACAGCACAUCUUGUAUUCUUCCAUCUCUGAAGCCAACAUCAGCGUCCACAGCAUUGCUGCCAAUGAAAACGAACUGGCAGUUUUAACUCAGGAGAGUUACUUGUACUACGGCAGCCUGGGAAUCCUGCCAAGUUCUCUCAUCAAAUUUGCAGGCCAAAACAUCCGGUCGGAAGAGGCGGUCCUGGUGUUCACCGACGUGGGCAUGCUGGAAAUACUGAGCCCGCUGCCUGACCCGCUCUUCCCAGCUUUUGAUUUCCAGAAGUGCCCCGUGAACAUCCAGGCGACUCUCAUGGACCCCCAGCUCCAAGUUGACGUCUGCAAGGUGGAACUUCUGCAGGGAGAAUUUGAUAACAGAAUGUACACCAUUGAUAUGAACAGCGAGUUGCAGUUGAGAGCCUUGAUGAUACCCCGGACAGGGACAUCCCCAGUCUCACUAGUGAUGGUGAGCAACCCGCAUUCCCUGGGGCUACAGGCCCUCAUCUACGAGGACGGCUACACCCUCAAUGGGAACACCAAGCACAGACUGAACAUUUCCCUGAGGCAGCAGCACCACGGGGGCAGGGCUGAUCCCAACUUCACCUCCAGCAUAAAGAGACCCACAAUGUCUACCGUCACUCUGGACAUAGCCAACAAAGAAAUUUCAUGUGUGGACCUUAAGCCACUGACAGCACUGAUUUCAGUUGGUUGUGACCUGGAGAAGAAGAUCAUCAUUCAGAACGAAAUCUCAGCCUGUUACAAUGGCCUCCUCGACCUCGUGACCCUUCAGGACAACUACAGUUACGUCAUUGAGAAGGACACCUACGACCCCAACUUCCAGGGGCAGAAGGCCACGGAGGACCUGUUGGUGCAUUACCAGUAUGAGAAGCUGGGCUGCCCCGUCCUUGUGUUCUAUGACACCCCGUGGAAGCCGGUGGUGGAGCUGUGGCGGGAAGGGAAGUUCCAGGAGGUGGUCGAGACCGAGUAUGUCCUGCUGGAGGUGAACGGGCUGUUCACCUACACGUACUCCCUGACGGCAGCCAUGGCACUCUGCAGUUCCCAGCCACAGAACUGGACCACCAUCUCCAAGGCCGCCGGCGGGAAAGGGCCCUUUGCCUGGAACCGAGAGAACUACGUGAGCUGCCACAACCCCGACAACAGCACACCCCUGAGAUGGCCACAAGUCCCGUAUCAGAUCUUGGGAGGCCCCACAGAAAACAAGGUGGUCUUUGAAAAAAGAAACGGCAUCUACACCUUCUUCAUUUCCAUCGUGGAUCCGUACUACAGCUACUGUCGCCUGGAGACCAUCUUCAGCGUCUAUGUCUCCGGGGCCUACCCCAAGCAGAUCAUCCCAGAAGUACUCAUCUUCAUUCUCACAGCAGCCAACUUGAUGAGCGUGUGGCUGGCCUACAAGAUCCCCAAGCUGCUGCACACGGAGCAGGGCCUCAAGGUCAAGGGCUUCUGCAGCAAUCUGUGCAGGAGAUGCAGGAAGCCUUGCGCGUGUUUCCGGGGCAGGCGCUGAGCGCUUGGCGGGGUGGGAGGGUGCGGGCGGGCAGCGGGGGGCCGAGGGGAUGGCAGAGCUGUCUUAAAGCAGUAAAAAAAAUCUGGUGGCAGCAUGUAUGGAUCACGCUGUGUCUUUCUCCACCCAUCUGCCUCCCUGGACAUCCUGGCAUCAGUGUUCUUUCGGGCUACAGCUCCUCUGGGGGUUGUCAACAGGAGCUUGGUGAGCCGAACCAGCACAGGCAGAUGAUGCAGUAACGGGCCAGCCUUGGAGGAGACUCAGACGCGGGAACCAUCCUGUUAGAGAGGAGGAUGAGACCCAAGGAAAAGGGAAGGGGGGCUACGGAAGACAGUGACAGGUGAUCUGUCUCUGUGUCGACAAACUCUGACACAGAUACAAUGUGUGCGCAUUUCCGUGUGUCCCUAAGAGCGUGGAGACAUAGUUUAUAUUUUCUACAUAUACUUGUCAUGCAUAUGUAUGUGUACAGUUCCUUGCAUCCUGACACAGGUGUAUAUGUGUGCAGAGAUACUAU